GGAUUGAGCCUGCUGAGCUGAUCCUCGGAGGAUAUCUAGGAGGACCAACCAAGUCAGUUUCUUUCUCGGGAGCUGAGAAGUACCAAUUUCGAAAAUUGACAGUCAUAAUGGCUGCUGAAACAUCUUGGAUUUGGAGUGAAUGGUUUUGGCUACCGUCUAAUGUUUCAUGGUCAGACCUUAAAAACACUGACAAGGCCGUUUAUCCUCAGAUUAAUGAUCUCUCUGUAAUUUUUCCGUUAGCCGUUGCACUUCUUCUCAUCCGCACUGCUUUCGAACGAUGUAUCGCCACACCCCUUGGGCUCCUAGCUGGAAUAAAAUCCAAGAACCAUUAUGACGCGACACCCAGCACCAUCCUAGAGAAGGUGUACAAGACAGUCUCCAAGUGCCCAGACAGGAAGCGUCUUGAGGGUCUGGCCAAACAGCUCGACUGGUCAGUUAGAACGAUAGAAAGAUGGUUCAGACGGAGACGAAACCAGGACAGACCCAGCAUGCUUGUUAAAUUCACAGAGACAAGUUGGAGGAGUGUGUUUUACAUCGCAUCAUUCAGCUAUGGUAUGUACAUCGUACCCACUCAACCAUGGUUCUGGGACCUUAGACUAUGCUGGCAGCAUUUUCCAUUCCAUCCUGUGACAACGGAGAUCUACAACUACUACAUGAUCGAGAUGUCUUUCUAUCUCUCUCUCAUUCUAUCUCUCUUUACCGACGUCAGGAGAAAAGAUUUUGUUCAACAGUUAAUACAUCAUUUUACGACUAUCUUCCUGAUGGGAUUCUCCUGGACGUGUAACUUCACCAGGGUUGGAUGUAUCGUCUUGGUAACGCAUGAUGUAGCAGACAUCUUCCUAGAGACGGGGAAGAUGUUUAAAUAUGCCCAGUUUGAGGCUGGUGCUAACUCCAUGUUCGGUGUGUUUACUGCUGCCUUCUUUCUGUCACGUAUGCUCUUUUUCCCGCUCUGGAUCAUCUACAGUGCUGUCUUUCAUUCCCUUGAGAUCAUCGGCCCGUUCCCUGCGUACUACCUCUUCAAUGGACUCCUGAUUAUUCUCCAGAUCCUAAAUAGUUUCUGGUUCUUCCUCAUCGCGUGCAUGGUGUAUAGGGCCCUCGCUCAUGGACAGGUUACAAAGGAUGCAAGGAGCGACGUGGAGGAGAGUGGCUCGGAAAGUGAAGAGAAGGAAGAGACUAAUGGGAAAAUGAAUCACAACCACAACUACACCAAUCACAUCAAUUCCAAUUCCAACUACAAAGCAGUAGCCAAUCCCCACUGAGCAUCGUUUGAAUUCAUCCAAUCAGGAUGGGGCAUCUGGGUGAAAGCAAUCUCAACAUGCUAAUUUUUUACUCCACAGAGGGGAUCGAUGUAGAAGCCUUCAGCCAAUCCGAUCACCAUUCAGCAUCAUUUGAAUGCGUCUAAUCAGGAUAAUUUCUUGAUUAUGUUUAAAACAAUGAUUUAGUUUGAAGUGGAGAUUAUUAAAUGUGUUAUCAAUAUUUAAAUAUGAAUAUCAUUGAUUGGAUUGGUUGUUCAAUAUCUUCUGCAGAAAGUCAGGGGGAUUUGAAGAUACAGAAGUUGAUGUGAAUAAUAACUCAUGUGCAGACUUUUAAAAGAAUACUGAGGUUACCGGUACUCUUUUUAAUAGAGAGGACUGAAAACGCACGAACCACUUGUGCUUUUUAUGGCUAAAUAACCACAUUUUUUCUAACAGAACCAGAUGCCUCUGACAGCAGAGGUAUUUGUUUCACUUUUCUGGUUGAAUGUUUAAUACCCAUUAAGAUGUCAUGUCCAUCUACAGUGAAACCUGUCUAUAAAGAUUACCCACAUGAGACAAGAAAGGGGUUUUUAUAGGCAGGUGUUCUUUAAGUACAGUUACCUAUAGUACAUGUUUUAAUGAGAAACCGUUUUCAAGGGAAACAAAAAAUGUGGUCUUUGGAGACAGGUGGUCACUGAAGCAGGUUUGCAACUAUAGUAACACAUUCAUUCAUCCAUCUUCUUUGAAGGAAGGUGGAUAUGGUUAGAUGAUGUAAACAACUUUAUGCAAACUGAUCUUCUUGCUACAGUACAGUCCCCCGUCCUGUGUAUUCUCUACUGUUCAUGAAAUAAGUAAUGUAUUCAAAUAUUUGAUCAGUCUUUCGUGGGUAUAGGGUGUAAAUUUUAUUUAUUUUGUGAGAAUUUUUUGUACUAUUACAUAUUUUAUUGUAAUUUGGUGGAUAAAUGUUUCUGGAUUGAAAUAGGGUUGUCUUGUAUAAUAAUAUGCCUUAAUUUGAAAAGUGCUUGCAGUUGGAAAAGUUUUGUGGGAUUCUCAUAAAUGUAGAAAUGAAAUGCUUAUUAUACUGACAAAAUGUGAUUACUGAAACAAAAAAUGACAAUUUCUUUGAAAUUUGAAUCGGUAGAGAAUAUUUUGGUUGGUUUAUUUGCAGAAGCACUGUUCAUAUAUUCUAGUGCAAACUUGCAUAGCGCCCUCUAUUUUGAUUUGUAACCUGUUGGACAUUGAAUUCUCUCAUUUCCCUAGAGUUAAUAGGAAAAGGAACUACAUACAUGUACAUGAAGUUCCCAUAAGCAAUGGAUUAACUGAUUCUGACUGGUAAUUCAACUGGAAAUUAAACUGGUAAAUCAACUGGUAAAUUAGGUCAGCAUGUAUUUCUUGACCCCAGAAAUGAUUGCAACGAAUAUACUGAUAUGUUUAUUUUGAUACAAGGUAUUUUAACCCACCUGCAUGUAUAUUCCAUGAAUGAAAUGAUCAUCCCAUACCAAGUAUUAUUAAAACAGAGUUGUAUUUACUCACAGAGCUUUCAUGAUCGUAAUAUUGAAACCAAGGAGUUGUUACUCCUUUAUGAAACAAAUUUCUUGACUGCUGAAAGCAACAAGGUAAUUGAAUCACAUUGCAUUCCAAAGUUAAUGCCUUUCUACAUCUCAUAAUAAUAACAAUAUGGGUACCGUAUACAUCUGUGCUUGUAUCACCCUCUACAUUGUAAUAUCGUCUACCGUAUUGAGAGUUAGAGGGAUGUUAAAUCACAUUGCAUUCCAGAGGUAAUGUCUUUCUGCCUCUCAGUAUAUCACUGAUGACAGAGUUAUACAUCUGUGCUUGUUAUAGCCCUCUCGAUAAUACUAUCAUUUAUAUCCCUUCUAUGAAUAUUCAUGAGUUUUCUAAAUACAUGAUUGGUCAAUUGGUGGUCACGUGAUAAAAUAUAAUUUCACUAUUUGAAAGAAAUCUCUGCCAGAGCUCCGAAUAUUUUCCACUAUUUUUC